CAACUCCCCCCAACUCCCACAUUCCAUCCAAACCCCCACUAACACACCCCACCGCCAUAAUCCACCGUCUACCCCACCGGUACCCCUCCAUCCAUGGUAAACCAACUUUGAUAGGAUGAGACGGGGACGACGCCAGCCAAGAUCUACAGGUGGGAUUGCGACGGAACAAUUGGCAGCGAGGGGUUAAGGAGUACUUGAGUCCGAAGAGAAGGCCGGAGAAUUUACUUAGUAACCGGUAUAAGAAGGCAGGAGGCCCUUGGACUUUUUUUUCCCCAAGUUAAUCUGCUCAAUCCUUUGUUUAUUUGAUACCCUUGAGUCUCUUUACAAUACCUUUUAUCUAUCCCAAUAACACGUCAAACUGGCUUUUAGAAGAAUCACAAUGGCUGCCGUCAACCACACCUCCAAGACGUUCACUUUGAACACUGGUGCCAAGAUCCCCGCCAUCGGUCUGGGGACGUGGCAAUCCCAGCCUGGGGAAGUUGAGAAGGCCGUUGAGAGCGCUCUCCGCAGUGGUUACCGCCACAUCGACACAGCCUUCGCCUACCAAAACGAGACUGAGGUCGGUGUCGGAAUCAAGGCCUCCGGCGUUCCCCGCGAGCAGAUCUGGCUCACCACCAAGCUCGACAACCCAUGGCACAAGCGCGCUGCCGAGGCCAUUGAUGCCUCGCUCAAGAACCUGGGUACCGACUACGUCGACCUAUACCUCAUUCACUGGCCAUGCAGCACCAACCCAAACAUGAAGGAGGUCUACUCCGACUGGGAUUACGUUGACACGUGGCGCGAGAUGCAGAAGCUAGUCGAGACCGGCAAGGUGAAGAACAUCGGUGUUAGCAACUUCGGCCAGAAGCACUUGGAGAGGCUCUUGGCCGAUUCUUCUUGCAAGAUUGUGCCAGCCGUUAACCAGAUCGAACUCCACCCCAACAACCCCUCCCCCAAGCUCGUCGCCUACAACACCUCCAAGGGCAUCCACUCCACCGCCUACUCCUGCCUCGGUUCCACCGCCUCGCCGCUGCACAAGGACGCCACUCUCCUCCAGCUCGCUGAGAAGAAGGGCCGCUCGCCGCAGCAGGUUAUGUUGGUGUGGAACAUCACCAAGGGCCGCAGCGUCAUCCCCAAGUCGGUGUCCGCGGACCGCAUCCAGGCCAACUACGAGAUUGAUGGGCUUGAGUUGACUGAGGAGGAUAUCAAGGUUAUUGAUUCGAUGCAGGGCCGCUUCAAGGUGUGUGAUGGUAGUUUCUUGCCGCAGAACUACAUGGAGAAGGUGUUCUACCACGAUGAUGAGUAAAUGCACGUCGUGAUGGUAUGAUAUAAUGAAAUAACAGCUAGUUUAAGGCACGAUUUAGAGAAUAAAAAAUAUGUAUAGCUGCAAACUUGCCACUGGUGCCUGGCUCUUCAAAAUGUAG